AGACAGCGCAGAAAGCUGCGUCCUGUGCACACGCUUCUGUUGACACGCUCGUCUGGGAGAGGGACCAGGAUUUAAUAACGCCCUGUGCAUUAAUUGGCAAGGAGCUUGCCUCAAAAUGAUCACCACCACCAUCACCACAGCAGCAGCUCCGACACGUCAGAGCUCCUUCCGCCACUGCCGAAUGGAUCACCUAAACAUUCACCUCCCCGGCAUGCUGUGGCGCAAAACCUCCUCUUAUUAACUCCCUUCAUCUCAGAGGAGCCUGCUGCCUUUUUUUCGCUAUUCCUUGGUCACCUCACCAACCCUGUGGAGACCGAGCAGUGAGCAUGCAAAGUGCACUGAUUUAAGAGGAGCCUCGCGUCACAUCGCUGCUGCUGCUGCUGCUGCUGGGUGGAAGGACGCACGGCUGGUCAUCUGCGGAGCUCUUUCUGCAACAAUUUGUUGCAAAAACAGUGAGGGGCGAAAACAUGGUGCUGGUACCUCAUCGGCUUGUCAUGGCACCGUGAGAACUUUCUCCUGGACUCCCCCCCAGCCCCCCUUUUUUUUUCUUUUAGAUGUUUUUUCGUGGGGUCUUAUUUUUUGGGAAAUUAUCAGCCGUUUCCCCUUUUCAAUUAUGUUCACGUUCGCUGCCUUCUGCUACAUGCUGUCUCUGGUCCUCUGUGUGUCCCUGAUCUUCUUUGCAAUAUGGCACAUAACUGCAUUUGAUGAACUCCAGGCUGACUUCAAGGUGCCGAUCGAUCAGGGCAAUCCACUCCAUGCAAGGGAGAGACUCCGGAACAUUGAGAGGAUCUGCAACCUGCUGAGGAAGUUGGUGCUACCGGAGUACUCCAUCCAUGGACUCUUUUGCAUCAUGUUCCUUUGUGCCCAAGAGUGGCUGACUGUGGGUCUCAACAUCCCCCUGCUUUUCUACAACACAUGGAGGUACUUUCACUCCCCAACGGACACUAAAGAGCUGCUCUACGACCCGGCCUCCGUGAUGAACGGCGACACGCUCAAGUUCUGCCUGAAGGAGGCCUGGUGCAAGCUGUCCUUCUUCGUCCUCUCCUUCUUCUACUAUCUCUACUGUGUGUGGAACCUGGAUAUAUCCCUCUAAUAGUCUUAUCAAUGGAAACACUUAAAGAGACCGUCGACAGCAGCAGCAGCAGCAGCAGCAUUAUCCAGUAUGAUCUACUCCUUGGUUACCUCAUACGACUGAUUUCUCAGCCACUGGAGAAAACAUAAAAAGCUCUGGAUGCACAGACUGCCAUUGUGUUGGUAAAGAAACAGGACAUUCAGAGUGAGGAGGAGGAGGAGGAGGAGGAGGAGAAACUCUUUCUCUGAACUGGAGGGAGUCAAAUCUGCCUUUCUAUUCUCUUUUUGUUUGACUGUAUAUAAAGCUGAGGACUUCAACUCCUGUUUACAGUUUGACUGGUCAAAGAGCGACCCCAGUUAAUCACUGCCUGGCCAAUGUUUGUACCACACACACACACAUACACACACACACACGAAGACACAUCAACAGCCUCCUCUGGGGCGUUACCGCACUGACCACACAGUGCCAGCACCCGUAGCCCAGAGGACGAAGAGCACAGUAGCGUUUGCACAGUUUGUCUCAGGCACAGCGUGGUGAAGCACCGUCCAGCCCAGCACAGCUCACCAAACCCCUCAGUCAUUCCUCCUCUACGUCUCACCGCCCGUAGCUUCACUGGUGAGCCAGACACGAGAGACAGACGGACAGACGGACAGAUGGACAGACAGACAGACAGACGGACGGACGGAUCUCAGUGUACAGACAAGCGGAAGCUCUGAGAGAAACACCGGAGCAGCUCGUUCUGAAACCUCCCAGCGUACGGGGCACAGUCCAGAGCCUGUGGAGGUUUUCUUUCUCAAUUAAGUGAAUGGCUUUUGUGACAUGUGCAUUUCAGUGUAUUCUUUAACAAAAGACAUUUAUCAUUUAUUUAUGAUCUACAGCAAAAGGUACUCUAUACAGCGAACGCCUCCUUAGUGUCGUCCUAGUGUUGUUCUAUCGUGGGAAAUAUUUUCUAAAACUACAAACUGACACCUGUCCAAGCUUUUUUAGUAGAGGAGCACACAUUAUUUGCACAAUCAGUGUAUUUGAUCUUGCACAAUAUUUGCAAUAUUUGGCUAUGUAUAGUAGAGAUCAUUUAUGAUAGUUUAGCCACACAGGUGAAGGUCUUCCAACAUAGUGAGAACUCUCUGGCUCCAAUUGACACCAUGGUCCAAGAUGUUGUCUUUCAGUACAAUGGAUAGAUUUAUUUAUGUCUGUUUGUGGGAUACUGACGGCUUGCCUCCAUGUUUUGUCUUAAACAAGAUUCUAUUUUGUAAUCACACUGUAGUAAGAUGAGAAUAAAACAAGAUAAUAAAGGUGCCUAGAUUUAAUUUGUCUUUAUCUUUGAUAUGAAUAAAAGCAAGUGUAGCAGAUAAGGCAACUUCAGCGUAGAAAUAAGAAGCGUGUACCGUCUGUGUAUUGAUUCCACAUGCAGGUCAGAGGCGUGGUGACAGCAGGAUUCUGGUAUAGUUGGAUGUGAACCUUCUGCAGGGCAGGUGUUUGAACCUGCAUCUUCCAUGUGUAGCACAGUUUUCUGACCAUCAGGCUUUUCUUUAAGUCUUCACCAUCGUCGUCACAUGAUGAGCCCUAUUUAUGAGUCGUCACUCCAGGAGCAGAGAGGACUGCCCGGUUCUUAUUGUUUUUUCUCUUAUUCAAGCAUUUUCUAUCCUUUCUGUGUAUGUGACCAAACAAGUUCGAUUUAGAUAUUGUUUAUGAAAUAAAAUAUUUUAAAAUCAAA